AUGUCCUCUGCUCGAAGUGAGAAGUGGCAGUGGGUCCUGCAGGAAUUGUUCCUUACCGCCAGUCUCGGUGCUUCGGUGUACUAUGUAGUCAGAUACCUCACAAACAAGAUUAAUUUCGAUCCAGAAUCAGAGCAGAAAGAACAAGCCCGAAGAAAGUCGGCGGCGAUACUGCGACGGCUUGAUCAGCCUACAGACUCGGAUGAUGAGCGCCAAGGCGCACAUGGACGGCCCAGAAAAGAGGAUCUUGUACUGUCACAGUACGAACAGGCUAUCGCGAUGGAUGUGGUUGCGCCUGAUGAUAUACCCGUGUCCUUUGAUGAUAUAGGAGGCUUGAAAGAUAUCAUCGAGGAAUUGAAAGAGUCGGUCAUAUACCCUCUUACAAUGCCUGGUCUAUAUUCAAGCUCAUCAUCCUUAUUAUCCGCUCCUUCUGGCGUCCUCCUCUACGGUCCGCCAGGGUGCGGAAAGACAAUGCUCGCAAAGGCGCUGGCGCACGAGAGCGGGGCAUGUUUUAUUAAUCUGCACAUCUCGACAUUGACAGAGAAGUGGUAUGGUGACUCGAAUAAGCUGGUGAAUGCCGUUUUUUCAUUGGCGAGGAAGCUCGAGCCCACCAUUGUCUUUAUAGACGAGAUUGAUGCAGUGCUCGGAACUAGAAGGAGUGGUGAGCACGAGGCAAGCGGUAUGGCAAAGGCCGAAUUUAUGACCCAUUGGGAUGGUUUAACUUCGGCAAACACAAACGGCCAACCGCAACGCAUCAUGAUACUGGGCGCAACGAAUCGAAUACAAGACAUCGAUGAGGCAAUACUCCGGCGGAUGCCGAAGAAAUUUCCAGUCUCGUUGCCUUCUGCCUCCCAAAGAUAUAAAAUUUUAAAGUUGGUGCUGAAGGAUACAAAGAUUGACGAAGAAAAGCUCGAUAUGGAAUACCUGGUCAAGGUCAUGGCAGGAAUGUCGGGAAGCGAUAUCAAGGAAGCAUGUCGUGAUGCGGCUAUGGUACCAGUCCGAGAAAUGAUCCGCCGUAAGCGGGACAAAGGGGAGCGCAUGGAGGCUGACCACGGUCUUGACGUGCGAGGAAUCAGGACAGAGGACUUCUUCAAACGUGCCGGAGGUAUCCAGACCAUCAAGAAGAGCAUCAAAGAUCACAACAAGACAACGGAGAGUAAAGACUGGAGCACAGAAUCGUCUGACUCUGAUAUGGAAGAUGCUGCACAAGUACAGCAGCCGUGA